ACUCAGGGGGCAGCCCUUCCUUUCUUGUCCUUGUCUCCCAUUCUCCAGUGUUCUCAGGUAAGCCCACCAACAGUCACAGCUCAUGAUGGAGGCCAUCAAGAAAAAGAUGCAGAUGCUGAAGCUAGACAAGGAGAAUGUUCUGGACCGGGCUGAGCAAGCUGAAGCUGAGCAGAAGCAGGCAGAAGAAAGAAGCAAACAGCUAGAGGAUGAAUUAGCAACCAUGCAGAAGAAGCUGAAAGGAACAGAAGAUGAGCUGGACAAGUAUUCUGAGGCUUUAAAAGAUGCCCAGGAGAAGCUGGAGCUGGCAGAGAAGAAGGCAGCUGAUGCCGAAGCUGAGGUGGCCUCCUUGAACCGUAGGAUCCAGCUGGUUGAGGAGGAGCUGGACCGUGCUCAGGAGCGCCUUGCUACCGCCCUGCAGAAGCUAGAGGAAGCAGAAAAAGCUGCUGACGAGAGCGAGAGAGGUAUGAAGGUGAUUGAAAACCGAGCUCUAAAAGAUGAAGAAAAGAUGGAACUCCAGGAAAUCCAGCUCAAGGAGGCGAAGCACAUUGCAGAAGAGGCAGACAGGAAGUAUGAAGAGGUGGCUCGUAAGCUGGUGAUUAUCGAGGGAGACUUGGAACGCACCGAGGAACGAGCAGAGCUGGCAGAGUCUAAGUGUUCUGAGCUGGAGGAGGAGCUGAAGAAUGUCACCAACAACCUCAAGUCUCUUGAGGCUCAGGCGGAGAAGUACUCUCAAAAAGAAGACAAGUAUGAAGAGGAAAUAAAGAUUCUUACUGAUAAACUUAAGGAGGCAGAGACCCGUGCCGAGUUUGCUGAAAGAUCGGUAGCCAAACUGGAAAAGACCAUCGAUGACUUGGAAGACGAGCUCUAUGCCCAGAAACUGAAGUACAAGGCCAUUAGCGACGAGCUGGACCACGCCCUCAAUGACAUGACCUCUAUAUAAACUGUCACCGUUUCUGCUCUGUUCUGGAUCCACCCCCUUUCCUUGGGGAACCCAACACCCCACUCGCUCUGGAUUCCAUUUGGGUCAGCCUGGCUAGUUCCCAAAGCCUUAGGGCUGGGGCUUGGGGGACACAAAGCAAUUUACAUAUUUGCUUUCACCCUCGUCCCAGAUUAAAAUGUUAAGCUGCCAGAAGCCUCAUGUCCUCCCGCAUUUGUUAUUGACAAAGCUGUUAAGAAGGAGCCUUGCCGGUGUGAAGUAGGGACAGCCGUGUAAGGCUGUCCCCUUCUGAUUUAUGUGUAAUCAAAGCUACUUGUGUGUGUGUGUGUUUUCUUGACAUUUAAACUUGCUGAUUGGAGUCUUGUCAGAGUGGUGAACAAGUUAAGGCUCCUUGUGGUCGGAAGUCUGGUGUUACUCCUUAAGACCCUCCCAAGUCUUUUACUGCCAAGUUCUUAAAUAGUCUACCUGGAGCAUUUUCGUUCCAUUUGGCCCUUUCCCACAUAGUAAGGUCAACAGACAUCAGAUCAUUUCCUAAUAUGCUACCCUUUUGCCGGAGAGUCAGACAUUACAUCCUCAGGGCACAUCCUUACAGUUAAAUAACCAUCAUCCUAAGUGACAGAAGAACAUGUAACAGAAUGGCUUGACUUCUCAGGAGAUGUGCUUUCGUCUUUAAACCUUUCUCACUUAGUGGAGGCUGCCACCGUUUGUUCAACUUUGUUUUCUAAUGGGAUGUCAUUGAGACACAUGGUAGAUGAUUGGAACAAAUGAAAACAACCAGUCAUGUGCACAUGAGGGUGAUGACUUACUAUUAACUUUCUCCUAGUGAAAGUCUUCUGUGUAUAUAUUACAGAAUUGAAUACCAGCAUUUCAGAAGUGCUCCAGUUUAUACAGCAGAUGAAUUUGAUAUUACAGCUAAAUGCUGCAUAGUAUUUCAGUUUCUUAUCCGAGUGUGUAUUUGAAACUUGCUUUUUCUUCUCGGUGUCUAGGGCUAUGGAUGUGGCACAGUUGGAGAACACUCACCUAAUGUGCGCAAGACUCUGUUUAAACCCCAGAACCACAGAGAAAGAAAGAAGGGAAGGGAGAGAGAGAGAGGCUAUAGCUAGGUAGAGAAGUGUUCCCUAAUGUAGGUCAGACUCCUUUUCCUGGACUAUCUCUUCCUGCCACAUAGCCUUUGAGACUGAGGUAGAGGUGGGCUUAUUUAGCAGAUGAUGUCUAGAUAGAUAUCCUGUUCUGAUGGAUGGAUGGAUGGAUGGAUGGAUGGAUGGAUGGAUGGAUAGAUAGAGGUGAGGAACCGCCUACAUGCUCAGGUUGCUCUGAAUCUUGUAAGAAGAAAGGACAAGCCCAAAGUCAAAAGCUACUGGGUAAGCUCCAGAUAGUAAACUUUGGGGAGCUAAGUGGAGGGCACUGGUUCCAUGAAUUGGCAUUUUUGAGCUCUUUGUUGUUUUGAGAGUUUUGUACUAGCCCAGGCUGUCCUAGAACUCAGUAUGUACCCAAGCUGUUCUGAGAUCAUGCCAGUCCUGCCUCUGCCAUCCCAAGACAUGUACCACCACUGUACCGGGUUUAGGUGAGAUUUUGUUCAUUUUCUUUUGGUGAGAGAGAAUUCUGAACACAGAGCCUUUACCACUGAAAUACAUCACCAGCCUCAGUCAGGAUUGACUUCUAAUGAGCAAAAACAGGGUUAAAAAACCCACAGCUAAAGGUAAAUUUGGGAGACAGACAGUUGCUAAACGUCCUGCUGGGAAGCUUCAUUGUGUGUUUGAUGAUUAGUGAUGGAAAUGCCACUGUCGUAUCUAAGUGUGCGCUAUAAUGUGAGCACCUCCCUCCUAAGACAAGUUCAUCUGACAGCUAAGAAAAGAUUGUUGCAUCUGGGCAUGAUGGGCAAGCCUGUAAUCCCAGCACCUAGGAGGCAGGUCACUGUGAAUU